AUGAGUUCUUCUAGCGGAGGAACGGGGUCGGAAGGAGAUCGGCAGAAGGACGAAGAUGUGGAAGAGCCUGUUCCUCCAGCAGGCAUAAAAGUCACAAAUGCCAGCAAUAAGUCACUUUGUCUGGAGUGGGACACCCCCACUGGUGAAGUGGAGUCUUUCAAAGUGACCUGUAGCUGUGAAGGUGAACUUGUGCAAGAGUUGAAAACAGACACCAACAGUGUGACGUUCAACAACCUGUGGCCUGGAGCCUAUUAUACCAUCCUUGUUUCUACACAACUAAGAAAUGGAACAACUAGCAAGCCUGUUGGUAUAUCAGCCAAAACAAGGACAAACCUGGAGACAUAUUUGGAGGAUCUGGGGUUGGAACCAUUCCACUGCAAGAACCUGUCCCUAAGUGAGAUACUUGAGAUCAAUAAGAAGACCAUCAAUGAUGAGCCUCCCAAGUGUAAAUCUGAUGUUCCAUGGUAUUUCCUUAAGAAGCUGAUGAUGGCAAAUAUAACAGCUAGAAAGUUAAAAUGCACACCAGCUUCUGAGUCAAACUGUGAAGAGACAUUAAGUGCUGAAGAGUUUGAUUUUGAUCUGCUCGUAAGUCCACACAAGGAUGAGUCACUAAAUCCUCUUGAUAUAAUCACUGCUCUGUUUCUGUGCUCUGAUGGGUUUGUUCAGCAAGAACUGGCCCUAAAAAUGUCCAUGUGUCAGCUUUCUGUUCCUCUGCUGCUUCCUUGUUGUGAUACAAAGCAGUGCACCUUCAUGCUUUGGGCCAUGAGAGACAUUGUUAAGAAGUACAGACCUCCAGAUCUUUCAGAAUCAAAGGGCUUCAUAGAAGAAAGAAUUGUUACUUCUGAACUUCCUAUGGUCUCUUUUGUGAGACUGGGUGAGUGCUCCAUGUCCAAAUCAGAGAUCCUCAACAAACUCCUGAGUAACUCUGAGCAGUACCAUGACACCUUUGUACACCACAACAUGGAGUGUGGAGACAGUCCAAGAAGAAUAUCCAAUGGACUGACUGAAAUUACCUGGUAUCUUCCCUGUGGAAACAAAAGCAUGGACAUUUUCAGUGAGCCAGUAGCUAUAGCUAACCUUCGCGGUGACAUAGCUUCAUUUGAAACACAAUUCUCCUUUUUGUGUCAGACAUCUGCUGCUGUUUUUGUGUUCUUUGAUGAGCUGGAGCAGCUGGAAUCACAGUUAGAACUGUUGGCUAACACAAACCACAAAUCAAAAAUAUGCUUGUUGGGAAACCAACAGAGCAAGAACUUUAGAGUGGAUAAUCUAAAAAAACUGGCAACCAGUUUGGCCUUAACUAAUAGCAACAUUCUAGUAAAGACCAAAGAGAUAAAUGAUGCAGACUUUGUCAAACUAUUGAGAAAAAGGGUAAAUAUUGUACUUAAUAAUUUGGAGCACAAGAUGUCUUUAGAGAAGAUGUCUGAUGUUGCCCAGGAACUUGGAAUCAUUGUUGAUGAACACUCUUUAGAGUGUCAGGCUGGAAAGAUGAAUGCAAAUGCCAUCACUGCAGCGAUUCAUGACACACUGAAAUUCAAAGAAGAUCAGCUUCCUUUACAGGGUCAAAUAUGGAAGGAAUUGACUUGCUUGGAAAAGGAAGAAUUUCGUCUUCGAAAUGUUGGUUCAGAAAACAUCGAAAAUUAUAAAUGCAGACUUCAGGAUAAAAUAAAUGAACUGCGGAAAAAGCAGAAUGAUAAUGAUAUGUCUGAAGCAAUGACAUGUUUUAUCAAUGCCAUAUCUACUCAAGAGCCAGAAAGGUGCUACUUCCUGAAAUGGAUGAGAAUGAACCUUGAUAACCAGUCUCGCAUAAAACUCUCCAGCCUGCGGGAGAGGUACAAAGAGAAGAGCAGGGACUCUGAGAACAAACAAGAGAUCAAAGAAAUAGAUGAACAACUUUCCAAUAGCUCACUGGGAGUUGAGCACUUCUUCCGUGAAAUGGGUCAGAUCUACGAAGCUUCUCUUUCUCUUCCUGAAAGUGAUUCAUCACGUCAACAACUGGAACAUCUGCCUAAACUCUGUGCUCAGUUGUUGCUGGAUGGAUUACCUCUUGAGCUUGUAGAUGGAGAUGCUUCAAGCAUACCUCUCAGAUGGGUGACUGAUGUUCUCUCUCAGCUCAAUGACUUGGUGUCUCCUAAGAACAAGAUAGUGGUCGUCACAGUUCUUGGAGUUCAGAGCACAGGGAAAUCCACCCUCCUGAACACCAUGUUUGGAGUGCAGUUUGCAGUCAGCAGUGGUCGAUGCACUAGAGGUGCCUUCAUGCUGCUCAUCAAAGUCAAUGAAGACUUCAAAAAUGUUCUAAACUGUGACUUUAUGGUGAUCAUCGACACUGAAGGCUUAAAGUCUCCUGAACUCGCUCAACUUGACAACAGCCAUGAACAUGACAAUGAGCUGGCAACACUUGUUGUUGGGCUGAGUGAUGUCACCAUUAUCAAUAUUGCAAUGGAGAAUUCAACAGAAAUGAAAGACAUCCUGCAGAUAGUGGUGCAUGCUUUCCUCAGGAUGAAGGAGGUCGGCAAAAAGCCCAGAUGUCUGUUUGUUCACCAGAAUGUUUCUGAUGUUUCAGCUCAUGAGAAGAACCUACGAGACAGAAAGCUGCUCCUAGACCAGCUGAAUGAGAUGACCCAGGCAGCAGCUAAAAUGGAAAAGAAAGAGAAGAACAAGAAAUUCACUGAUGUCAUGGAGUACAAUCCAGACACUGGGAACUGCUACAUUCCUGGACUCUGGAAUGGAAACCCACCAAUGGCACCAGUUAAUGCAGGAUACAGUGAGGCUGUCUAUGAGUUCAAGAAAAAUAUAAUCCAACUGCUGGGAAAGUGUGGGUCAACUUCUAAUAACAUCUUGGAGUUCAGAGAGUGGAUAACCAGCCUGUGGAACGCAGUAAAACAUGAGAACUUCAUCUUCAGCUUCAGAAACAGUCUGGUAGCUGAUGCAUAUAUGAGGCUCUGCACAGAGUACAACAAAUGGGAGUGGGAGUUCAAAAAAGGAAUGUACACCUGGGUUUCCAAAGCAGAAACUAGAAUUUCUAAUUUCCGUACAUCUGCUGAACAAUCUGAUUUGUCUGACCUGCAGAACUUGAUUACUGAGUUGAAAUGUGAGGCAGCCACAGAGCUUACCAAGUGGGAGUCAAUGACUCUUGAAAAUCUGAAAAAAUACUUUGAGCAGCCAGAAGGCCAUGUUUACCUGGUUGAACGAUACAAGGAGGACUUCUCAAACAGCAUUAAGAGUCUUCGACUACAAACUGAAAGAUCGGUGUGCAACCAGCUCACAGCAGUAGUUGACAUCAAGGUUGGAAUGAAUGAACUGGAUAAAAUCAAGCAAAAUCAAACUAAGGAAAUUGAAAAAGCAGUUUGUGCUUUAAUCGAGAAAUGUCGAAAGAAAAAUGUUAAAAUGACAGACAAAGAGCUUGAUGAAAGUUUUAAUACAAUGUGGAAUGAAAAACUUAAAACCUUGCCUUUCUUGGAACAACAGCCUUUAGAUAUUUUCACCAGUGUGUCCCUUCAGCUACAAACAAAUCUUUCACCCAAAGGAAGCCAUGCAUGUCAACUGCUGAGUAAAAAAAAAACUAAAGAUUGUGGUUUGAAGCCCUAUCAAUACACACCUAAAGGAGUGGUGGAAAACAUGAAAGUUCGUUUGUAUGGAUUUAUAAAAUGGAAGGAUCUAGUAAAGGAGAGACAAAAAAAUGCAGAUAGCAUCAUAUCUGCUUGUACCAAUCUUGUAAUGGGAAAAGUGGAAAAGGAAACAAACUAUCAUGAUACUUACAUCCAGGAGAUCCUUCACCUCAUUGAUGAGAGGCUGAACAACAAUAAUGUUAACAGCGACACUGACUUUGAGGUUUCUCUGAAGCAGCACAUCUGUGGAGCUGCUGCUAGAGAGUUUCAAAAAAUGCAUGAAGAUUUCAUACAAGAAAAUGAUCCAUACAGAUGUUUGCAGAAAAAUAAGGAAAAGUUCUGCACAGAUUUUAAAGAUGUGUUCAAUGAGAGAGAUCAGUGCCAGAAGAAAGCUGAAGAAUUCACCAACCAAUGUCUGAAACCUGCUGUGAAAGACUUUGUCUAUCGUUCUCUUGGUUCAGAUAUUGUUGAUAAAAUGCUGACAAAAGAAGAGUUCAGCACACGGAUGUCCUUCCAGUAUUCAAUUUUACUGGAUUUGAUUGAAAAAGAUGAUUUCAGCUACUUUCAGAGCUAUAUUUGCUUUUAUGAAGGUUUUGUAAAAGAUUGGAUACUUGAUAAAAUCAACGAGAAAUUCUCCUCUGAGUUCUCAGUAUGUGAGUGUGAGGAGAGACAUCUACAGUCCUGCAUUAACGAUAUAAAUGCUGCAAUUAAAAAUGCAAAAGAAGAGAAGGCUGAGAGUCUGAGGACAUUUGUUGAAAAUGUCAGCAAAGAACUCAAUGAUAUAUUAGUAAUUUCCCCGGACGCUCUUGAUAACUUCAUGGUUCUCAACAAUGCUGACCGGGAACAGUUUGCUUACUGGCUCAACGUGUGUGUGAAGGACAUGAUAGAAACUCUUAGGAACAAGUUUAAAGAUAAUCCCUUUGAAGCAAAACUCACACGUCUCCGUGUAAAACCACAGGAUGAGCUUUUCAACAGAGUGAUUGGUUGUGGAAAACAAUGUCCAUUCUGUAAAAUACCCUGUGAUGCAGGUGGAAAAGCUCACACUGAACACUUUGCUUCCCUGCAUCGACCAGAUGGUUUGGGUCAGUACAGGUGGGAGGACUCAGAAAAACUCACAACUGACAUCUGCUCGUCUCUUGUUAUCAGUGGCCUGAGAUUUUGCUGCUUUGCCACGAAAAAUGAAUAUCAUCCAUAUAAGAAUUAUAAAGAAAUUUUCCCAAACUGGGAUAUUCGUCCAGAUUCGAGUCUUGAGGCAUCUGAUUAUUGGAAAUAUGUGCUGGUCAAGUACAAUAAGAAAUUUGCUGAAGCAUAUGAUGCAAAGCCUGCUGAUAUUCCUUUUUGGUGGAACUUUAUCACUAAAGAUCAGGCAAUAGAGAGCCUUAGGGAGUCAUUCAACAUCAAGUAA